UACUUCAAAAUAGUAGGUAGGUAGGUAAUUUUAUCGUUUAUUUAUCCUUAUUUAUUAAAUUCCUCCCAAAUAAAAAGUUUCCCACGAAUAAAUAAAUCCAAAACUUAUGUAUAAUUAGCAGUCGCUAAAGUGAAUAAAAUCUUUAACAAUGGACAUUCAAAACAAACUAGUAACUGUGCUGCUAUUGUGUUAUUUAAAAUGUGUGUUUUUAUACGAUAGUUGUUUUACAAGUUUGUGAAAGAAAGUAAAGUUAACCUAGGAACCACGGAUGCAAACUUACAAAAGAAUAAAUUAAUAUCAAUUAAGUGACCAUGUUACUGAGAGUUAAGUCUUUUGAGGAGUGGUUUCAUGUGCUGUUGUUAUUGUGGUCAGUAGGGUCUAUUGAGUCAGGCCUACACUGUCCUCCUUUAGCAUCCCAGGAAGAUUGUCAAGUAAUAAAUUUCAGUGAAAACGAAUAUUUCUUCAAAAUUGGUAAUGAUAAAAGCGAUUUGGAAAUAAUUUAUGAUACGAAAUAUUUUCAUUUAAAAUGUCUAAAUAAUAAUAUAACAUUGGAAAGUAAAUUUCUACCUACUUUUGAUAAACUGGAGACUUUUAGUACCGUAAUACUUUCAAAAUGUCCCCUACCCUCGCACAGCUACAGAGAAACCUUGCUCGCGCUCAAUAUAUCCGUGAGGUCCAUUCUCGACCUCACCCUAAGAGGCGACUCAAAACUGGAAGCUAAACUCUUCGAAUCCCUGAACAUCAGCGCUUUGAACGUCGAAGGUGACGAGGCAGCAUCGACGCUGGCCGAGCCGACGUUUCUCGCGCCGCUAUCCAAGCUGGAGGAUCUGCGCCUGACGCGCGUGAGGCUGGACCACUACGCCGUGCCGCUGCUGCCGCCCGCGCUCUCCAUAUUGAAGCUGGAGCGGACGGGCGUCGAACGACUCCCGUCCGAGGUGUUCGAGCGUCUCGGCCAACUCAAAUCGCUGAUUUUAAGCGAGGAGCGGCUUCGAAGCUUGAACCUGAGCGCGGCGGUGAACCUGAACGAUACGGAGAUCGAGGCCCCUGUGGACGGGCUCACGCUGGGGCCGGCGCUUCACUCGCUCUGGCUUCGAGGCGCGCGCGGCCUGGAGCUGCACGACUGCUCGGGGCUGCGCGAGCUGCACGUGCAGGAGAGCACCGCGCCGCUGCCGGGCGGCUGGCUGGAGGGCUGCGCGGUGCGGGAGGUGCAGGUCAACUCCAUGAACGUGAGCCGCGCGGCGGGCGAGUGGCGCGGCGCCGGCGCGCUGGAGUCGCUCGACAUGCGCUACUGCCAGCUCCGGGACCUGCCCGAGGGCUGGUUGGAUGACGCGGUCAAUCUGGAGACUUUGAAUCUAUCAUACAACAACAUCGAGUAUCUGCCACGGGGUCUGUUCAGUCGCACGAAGCGGCUGGUUAACCUGAACCUGGCGAACAACCGGCUGCGGAGCAGCGCGGUGGCGGCGCUCGGCUCCCUGUUCGAGCUGCGCUGGCUGUCGCUACAAAACAACCCCCUGGAUGAUUUGUGCCAGCCCAAAACCGCGGAUGUGUCCCCGCUGAAGUCGCUAAUGAAGCUGGAGAAGUUGUCGCUCCGUCGCACCGGCGCCACCGUGCUGUGCCUAGACUGGCGGGUGCAGCUGCUGCGCCUUGCCGAGCUCGACCUGCGCGACAACAACAUCACCGACCUCACCUACGGAGACGUUUGUCAGUGGACGCGCCUCGACGGCAUCAGCGUAAACGUGGACAUGCGCGGUAGCAAGAUCACGUCGCUCGCGUACGAGAAAAGUGACUACGACGCCGUCAAAACCGCCGCGCCCUCCGCGCUCGCGCAGCUCGACGCCGAUUGGGCCCUGAGCUGCAACUGCUACGAGUAUUGGACGGCACGCGCGCUGCAGGAGCGCCGCGAGCACGCGCCCGUGCUGAGCUCUGUGCGGUGCGAGGCCGGCCCGCUUCUGACCGCGCGCCCGCUGCCCGACUUCACCUGCACCCUACCGGCCGACCGGUGCCUGCCGGGCUGCGCGUGCGUCGCGUCGCCCGUCCACACGGAACUGCGCUGCGCCGCCGCGGGGCUGCGUCGCCUGCCGCGGCCCGCCACCAACCUGCCCCCCGUCACGGUGCUUCACGUGCCCGGCAACAACAUCACGCUGCGCCCGCGCGACCUCGCGUUCCUCGCUAACGUCACAGAUUUGGAUCUGUCCAACAACUCGAUAUCGACGAUCGACGCCGAGACCGCGGGCGCGUUGUUCGCGGAGGGGCGGCGCGUGUCGCUCGCCGGCAACCCGCUGCGCUGCGACUGCGAGGCCCUCGCGCUGCUGCGGGCCGUCGCCCUCCGGCCGGCGCGCGUCGCCGACUCGGCUCGUUGCGCCGACGGCACGGCGCUCCGCGUGGCCGCCGAGCGGGCCGUCGCCGCCUGUGUCUCGACGCCCGUGUGGCCGGCGGCCGCCGUCGGCGCGCUGCUGCUGCUGCUGCUGCCGGCGGCGCUGCUGGCGGUGGUACUGGCGCGCCCGGCGGUGCGCGCGCGUCUCAAACUGUUCCUGUUCGAGCGCGGGCUGUGCCUGCGGUGGCUGCUGCGCGCCGAGCCCGACGACGACGACGCGCGGCCGUACGACGCGUUCGUGUCCUUCUCGCACCUCGACUCGACGUACGCGGCGGAGCUGGCGGCGCGGUUGGAAGGCGCGGGGCGGCGGCUGUGCCUGCACGAGCGCGACUGGACGCCGGGCGACUGGAUCCCGGCGCAGAUCGCGCGGUCGGUGCGCGACGCGCGGCGUACGGUGGUGCUGGUGUCGGAGAACUUCCUGCGCUCGGAGUGGGCGCUGGCGGAGCUGCGGGAGGCGUACGGCGCGGCGCUGGGCGAGGCGCGGCCGCGGCUGCUGGUGGUGCUGCUGCCGGGCUUCUCGGCCGCCGCCGCCGCCGCCGCCGCGCCCGAGCUGCGUUCCUACCUCGCCGCCGUCACCUACCUGCGCUGGGACGACUCGCACUUCUGGUCCCGUCUGAAGAUGGCGCUGCCCUCGCGCGCCCCCGCGUCGCCGCCGUCCCCCGCGCCGCUCCCCCCCGCGCCGCAACACAAGCCGACGGCCGCCGCUGCGUGAUGGCCGCUCGUGAGUUCGCUAGUGUUACUUAAGGUGCAAAACCUUCGCUCAAUUCAUACUUUUUGACAGAACUGUUGUUGUGUUGUGUUUCCAAUUAUUUUUAUUUUAUUUUAAGAUACAUGGAAAACUUACAGCUAUAUUUUUUUUUAUGGACUGUCAUCCCGUGUGGGCUCGACGUUCAUAACAAUUUAUAGCGCUAAAGGAAUUAUUAAAAAAAUAUAUUAUAAAUAAUCGAUAACAAUGGAUCGAUUUGAAUUGAUAUUGUUUGAACAGAAAAACCGAUGUUCGAUUAGGCUAGGUAUACUGCCGUGGCGGCACUGCCAUUGGUGCUAUAAUGUUCCACGAAUAUGUCAUGAUCGUAUCGGCGACGACGCAACCCCCAUGCGCAAAUACAAAUAUUUUUUGACCAAAAAUUGUUAAACAUAAAGCGAUAACGGAUCCUCACACUAGGCGACAAAUACAUCGACUUAUGCCGUUUUGUUGACGCGACGCAAAGGAGCAAUGUGGCUUAACUCUUAGAUGAUACAAGUUUAUUACGUGAUACAUUAUAUUAUACAAUAAUUUACAAAUUAACUAUAAACUACAAGUUUUGUAUCGGUAUAACAAGAAUCUCAAUAUCAUUGAGCUCUCUGAAAAAUUGCGAAUAUUUACUAUCAGAUAAGGUUUUACUCAUAUUAAAUAAAAUAUAUUGAUGAGUGAUGACUUUCGUCUUAGAGAUGUAGAUGUUACUGAGACAUAAAAACCUACGAAUAAUAGGUAUAGUAUAAACCAAAUAUUGUUUAUUUUUUAAGAAAUGUUAGAAUAUGUUACCAUUAUGAAUUAGAAUUAAGAUUUUACGGAGACUGGAUGUUUAGGUUACGACGUUAGGUUUAUCUUUAAAUAUCUAAAACUCUACUACUAAGUGCAAUUUCCAUGAA